UGUUUGGGCGUCGUCGAGAGGACCUGUUGGCUGCCAUGGCUGCUCAGGCCCAGGCUCAGGGUCAGACUCAAGGCCAGGUUUCCCCUGUGCCCCCAAUCCAACCGGUGCCUCUGCAGUACAGUGACAUGAAGGUUGCUCUGGACAAAGAGCGCACUCGCUGCUCUGAGCUAGAGGAAGCCCUGCAGAAAAUGAGAGCGGAGCUACGAUCUCUGAGAGAGGAAGCACUCCAGUAUAAGGAUCACGGUAGCUCUGCAAACCCAGCAACAGCACGGCAGCAGAUGAUUAUGUCUGCCAUGGUGAAGUCUCCUGAGCACCAACAGGGCCCGACCAACCUAGCACCGUCCAACUCAGAACGCAGGAAAGUGACUGCAACACCUGAGGAAAGAAGGAGGGUCACUUUUGAAAGUAAGUUGUCCAAACUCAUGGUUUCUGCAGUUUGGUCUCUUAUCUCUUCUCUUUUUGCCUCAUCCACAUUGUUGAAAGGCCAGAUUUUAAAAGCUCUGCACUUUUAUAAAAUAUGAGAUCCCACCAGGCUGGCUGGGUUGAAGCUGAGAAAUCUUCGGGUAAAUUUUCACCUUCUCGGUGCACAGCUUUAGAAAUCUGAAGCAUUUAUAUCAGUUGCUGAAGCUUAACCAAUCUGAUUUGCAGAACUCCGCUCUGCUCUUUGACUCACAACAAUCCCACCAAACUCCACAUCAUACACUAACAGAGAUGAACCGUGUGAUAAACUCUGCAAUGCACAAGACGCUGUUUGAACCCACACUGUGAAAAUAACUUAAGGCAUUAUUCAGUCAUCUCAUUUCUUCUUACAAAACAGCAAAGGUUGUUUGUUUUAUCCCAUUUGUUAAUUAUAUGCUUUGUGUUUUUAGAAUGCCGCCUAUGGACUGGUGUUGAAAAUUAGCACGUGUGCUACAUACACCUAAGCAAAGGCAUCUGGUCUGUCCACUGGGACAGUCUCAAUGUAUUUGUGAUGUCCAUAUCAAAUAAAAUAAACCUAACCUAACCUA